AAAGGCUGUUUCUUUUUUGUCCACUAUUUUGUUUAUGUAAUCUUCAGUUGAAGUUUACAGUAUGUGCCUUUUUAUUCGAUUGGUCUGUACUCAGAACUGGAUUGUUCAACUCUGUAGGAAGGUGUGGGAUAUAGGAAGCUGCACAACAGCAACUCAGGAUCUGAAGAAGCCUUAUCAGGCUUCAAGAUGAACAACAAGGAGACAACUACGGAGCUGUCUGAAAAUAACAACCACGUCAAAGUUUUUUUGCCGAAUAAACUGCUGGAAUGUUUACCAAAAUGUACUGUUCUGCCCAAGGAGCGCCUGCGGUGGAACACCAAUGAGGAAAUUGCUUCAUAUCUUAUUACCUUUGAAAAGCAUGAGGAGUGGUUGUCAUUGUCUCUAAAAACAAGACCACAAAAUGGCUCAAUUGUCCUGUACAAUAGAAAGAAAGUGAAGUACCGCAAAGAUGGCUAUUGUUGGAAAAAACGUAAAGAUGGGAAGACUACCCGAGAGGAUCAUAUGAAAUUAAAGGUGCAAGGCAUGGAGUGCCUUUAUGGCUGCUAUGUACACUCGUCUAUUGUUCCAACAUUCCACCGUAGGUGCUAUUGGCUUCUGCAGAACCCAGACAUUGUGUUGGUCCACUACCUCAAUGUGCCGGCCAUCGAGGACUGCGGAAAAAUCUGUGGACCCAUCCUCUGCUCCAUUAACAGUGAUCGCAAAGAAUGGCAGAAGUGGUCUAAAGAAGAGCUUAUUGCACAGUUAAAACCGAUGUUUCAUGGAGUAAAAUGGACAUGCAGUAAUGGUAACGGCACAACUGAAUUUUCCAUUGAACAGUUAGUCCAGCAGAUCCUAGAAAGCCACCAGGCUAAACCACAGCCUCGAACACAUGCCUGUCUCUGCAGUGGGGGACUGGGAACAACCAGUAAUAUUCCACACAAAUGCAACAGCACAAAGCAUCGUAUCAUUUCUCCGAAAGUAGAGGUGCGCUCAUGCCCCUAUCCAGCCUUAACUGAAGUACAGAACUUGUCUGCAUCAGAGCCUAAACUAGACUCUGAGCAGGACAAUAGAACCAGUGGAAACGGCAUAGGAAGAGGAAUGGAAAGAAAAGAAUCAAACCAGACAAUGUCACAAGGGGAAAAGGGGAAACUGGAAGUACAGGUCAGCCCAGUAGAAGCAUCUCCUUUUUCGUCUAGCCAGUCAUCUGCCUCUUCUGAUGGUCUAGACUCUAAUCAGACUUCUCCAGCAGGUGCCCUGAGCAGUACUUACUAUGGAGACCAGCUUGUCUCAGGAGUUGCCAGUUUGCCUGUGGCCACAGUGACUUGUAGUUUGCCUCAGAAUGCUGUUAUAGUAAUGACCACUGGACUGACAACAGCAGCAGACAAGGCUACAGUUGCACUAACCCCUAGUCAGCAACUAAUAGCAACUGAAACUGAUACUACAUUGCCAAGCAUCAGUGCCCACCACCAUUCUGGUAUCCAGCUGACUUCACACAGCGAUGUAUCCCUGGUCCCCAGUGCCAAUGAUUCAGUUGGUCUGGCAUUGGUUCCUGGUUCUGAUGGGGGAUUGAUGCUUUCAGAAUCUUUAGAUGCCAGCAUGGACACAACAGAGACCAGUCACACUCUCUCUGUAACUGCAGACUUUGAUCCAGAUUCAUUUCUUAAUAGCCCUAAACAAGGGCAGACAUAUGGUGGUGCUGCUAACCAGGACUCGCUUUCUGUGAGUUUUAGUUCACCUUCAUCCAUCUGUUCAUCUGAAACAGGAAAUGGGGAAAAUGAAAAGGUUAUUCAACCUUCUUCAUGUCCAGAAGUGACUAGUGCAGCCUCUCAUAUUUCAUUGGUAUCCUCAACAGCUUCAGUCAAUACCCUUCCAAUUUCCCUUCUCCCUGCAACUACAGCUCAAACAUUUUCUCACACUCUUGGAGUAGGGCCAACAGUUGCAAGCUUGGUGGGGUCCUCAAGUGCUCUUCCUGACAAGAUGGACUGCAGCAACACAAAUUCAGAUAACUGUGGCCAAAAUAUUCCAGUUUCUUCAGCCUUUCAGCAGAACCAAGGAAACUGCUUCUUUAUUCAAGAUAAUACGUGUGAUGAGAAAAUGAGUUCCUCUCGGUCAAGAAAAAGAAACUCCACUACGAGCAAAAUUAAAGUAAAAACUGAAUCUCGAGUUCAAAAUGUAGGAGCUAUGAAGGAGGAGAAGUUGUCCCCAGGACAGAAGCCUUUGUCUGUCUGUGAUAUUAUAAACCCUGAAGUAGAAACUCCAAUGGACACCAACAUAGACCUAGGGAAGCAUCAAGUGGAGGAUUUGCCUGCAGAGGAAGCAAUAGUACAGGUUAAAGUUGAAGGACUGGAAGUGGUUGUGGAAUCUGGAACAAGCAAUCAAGUAACAGAGAUUACAGAUAUACAAAGUGGCAACAUGUCAGAUUUGUACACAAUCAUACAAAAGAACUUGGGUCCUACAGUGCAGCCUUUGACAUCUAGUGGAACUGAUGUGGGUUUGGGGCUUAAUCUUAUGGAACACUUGGAAAUUUCAUUUGACAGUCAACUCCCUGACCUCAUUUCCGAGUUUAUUGCUGAGGAUGAAGGUGGGAAUGGGACUGGAAGUGCCUUCCAGUUUUCUUCAUGCACUUCUGCUCCCUCUGUUCCAGUAGGCCAGCUACAGAUUGUUCAGGUGUCGGCUAGCUCUCAUCCACAGUCCUUUCACAUUUCUCCAACAUCUUGCACAACUUCAACGGCACCCCUUACUUUUCCAGAGUCAAUUCCUCAGUCAGUAGCAGCAUGUGUUACAACAGCUAGUUUCACUAAGGUGGUCCCAAGCCUGGCUCCUGUAAGCCAUUUUAUCAACCAUAUCCAUCCUCAGCACCUGCAACAGAUUUCCUCCUCUUCAUUUCACCCCUACUCUGAGCUGACAACUGUGGCAUCAGCAUCUUCAGCUUCCAGAAUGGAGGCACAACAGUUGGUGAACAUUACUGACUUCUCUCCGGAGUGGUCCUACCCAGAGGGAGGAGUAAAAGUGCUAAUUACAGGUCCCUGGAUUGAUGGCAGUGAUCUUUACUCUUGUAUCUUUGAUCAGAUCACUGUCCCUGCAUCCCUGAUUCAGUCAGGUGUGCUUCGAUGUUAUUGCCCAGCACAUGAAGCAGGUUUGGUGGCACUACAGGUGGCCUUGGAGAAUCAAGUAAUCUCUGCAUCUGUGUUAUUUGAGUAUCGCGCACGCAACUCAAUGGUGUUGCCCAGUACACAGAUGGACUGGUUGUCCCUGGAUGAUAACCAGUUCAGGAUGUCAAUCCUGGAGCGACUUGAACAGAUGGAAAAACGUAUGGCUGAGAUGACAGCAUUUAACCAACAUCAGAGUCAAAGCACAAGUACACAGCAGACUUCACAUACAACUCAACAGCAGAAAAAUAUGGUUGGAGAGAAGACACCUAGUCAGGUGUCUGCUGAUUUUGAAGAGCGAAUUAUGGCAGUCUGUGAGAAGAUGAUGUCACGGUCAUGCUGGUUGCGCUCAGAGCACCUUGUACAUGAGAUGAGCUUUAGAGGAAUGACUCUUCUUCAUUUGGCAGCUGCACAGGGUUACGGACGUCUCAUUGAAACUCUCAUCCACUGGAGGAAUGUAAAUUCACAAAACCUUGAUCUAGAACAAGAAGUGGACCCCUUGAAUGUUGACCAUUUCUCCUGUACUCCACUGAUGUGGGCAUGUGCUCUUGGGCAUCUGGAGGCAGCUGUAAUACUGUAUCAGUGGAACAGUCAAGCUCUCACUAUACCAGACUCCUUAGGUCGCCUGCCUCUAAAUGUGGCUCGGUCCCGGGGCCAUGUGAGGUUGGCCACUUGUCUUGAGGAAAUGCAGCAGCAGCAGCAAGGAUCCCGUGAGGCUGACUGGAGAAAGCCACCACUUCAGGAUACCUGGCAAGAUGGUGAGGGAGGUAACACCUCUGGAAUGGAGCGGGGCUGGCUGAGUUGGGCAGGACGAACACCUGAGGCCCCUCAGAUACCAUCACCACUUUCUACCAGUCCAGAUACAGGUCUGAGUACUUCAAGCAGCCUUCCAUCUCCCUCAGAUAUUUCAGAAGCUUCACUUUCAUUGACAUCUGCCUAUUCUAGUGGAUCUUUGCCUAGAGAGUCUCCCGCUUAUAGUCCUGGUUCAGACACACAGCAAGAAAUUGCUAUGGACAUCUCUGAACCUCAGGUACGAGGAGGCAGAGGGCCCGCUCAGUUGACCAUGGAGAACAUUGGCCCCUCUGUACAACAUCCUUCUCUCCCUUCCUGGUACCUGCAGGAAGAACAAGCUGCCCUGAAAUCCAGGAGUGAAGCCUCCUUACUUUUAGAGUAUGAAGCCAGUAUUUCAGGAGGUGGUGCUCCACGGGGAUAUACAAGCUCCAGGGACACUUUGGAGGCAGAGCUGCUCAAUUACAGUGAAAAUGUAGAAAAUGAGGAGUACCUUCCAGCUGUUGAUGUCUUGCAGGUGGAUAUGUUUACACUUGCUGAGCAGAUUAUUGAAGCUACACCAGAACGCAUCAAGCAAGAAGAUUUUGGGACUGUUGAAUCUCCACUGAGAGAGCGACAAGACAACAUGGCCAUCAACCAGACCAUGCCUUGGCUGGCCAGCUACUUGGAGACGGUCGAUCAGCUACCCAAUUUCUCACAGCACAGAUCUGUGUGUAGCGAGCCAAUGACCCCCCCUUCCCCUCACCUGUGUCUCAGCCCCGUUAACUCUCCUCUCAGUGACCUCACCUUCGAGAAGCUCGACACACCGACUGCAGCCGACUGGUCAGAAUUUCUCAAUGCUUCUGCCAAUGGGAAAAUGGAGAGCGAGUUUGCCCUGCUGACACUUUCUGACCAUGAGCAGCGAGAGUUGUAUGAGGCUGCCCGAAUCAUCCAGACAGCUUUCCGAAAGUAUAAGGGCCGGAGGUUAAAAGAGCAACAGGAGAUGGCUGCUGCCGUCAUUCAAAGGUGUUACCGAAAAUAUAAACAGCUAACAUGGAUAGCUCUCAAGUAUGCCCUAUAUAAGAAGAUGACACAAGCUGCUAUCCUCAUCCAGAGUAAGUUUCGUAGCUACUAUGAGCAGAAGAAAUUCCAACAGAGUCGGAGGGCAGCAGUUCUAAUCCAGCAGUACUACCGCAGCUAUAAGGAAUAUGAGAGGCUUAAACAGAGUCAUAGGGGCACUUCCAGUAUGCAGCAGAAAAUAAAAGGGUCCUUCCUGACCAAGAAACAAGACCAGGCUGCCCGUAAGAUUAUGCGCUUCUUAAGACGCUGUCGGCACAGGAUAAAGGAGCUAAAACAAAACAAAGAGCUUGAAAGUUUACAGAAGAGAAGCCUGGCCACUUAGAAGCCACACCAGCAUGUGAAUCACUAGGACUUCAUUUUUUUCUUUUUCCAGUUACUGUUUUAUUCUAUUUAUUGUUUUUUAUUUCCUCGAAGACUGUUUGUCUCCUCUUGGGAGAAGAAGCAGACUAAGCAGUGGACCAAGUAAUGGGACAGGGAAAAGAGGUGCACUUGGCUGCUUCCGGCUCUUCAAGAUGGCAAUGCUUUACAGAGGGUUUUACACCCCUUCUUUUGCAUUUCAGACUGUUUAAUUUACAAAGAAAAGACAAUAAAAAAAGACUAUACUUUGACUACUCACCUUUGGAAUGUAAUGUGUGGCGGGGAAUGCCUUUUCCUUUUUUGUUUCUACUGGAACUUUGUUAGAGUCUUAAAAUUAAAGAGCACUAAUGCUCGUUUCUCCAGUCUGAAAACCUGCAUUCAUUGACCUUGUGUCCCUUCUACACCUGCUCAAUGGCAUGCCCAUAGGGUGGCCCUGACUAAACUGUUGUACAGGUGCUACUCACUUAAGGCCAUGAAGAAGCUUUCCAGUUAUCUUUAAUCGCAUAAGCAGACAUGAUGUAUUUGAAAUAUGCUGUUCAAUUUCAAGAGCGGGUUAAUGAAUUAGCUACAUACCAGACUGAUAUUUGUUCAAGGAAGGCAGCAGUGACAUUUAGUUUUGCCUACAGUGUGAAGUAGAUUUUGAAAGAACAGUGAAACAUUCCCUGUAGGAAAGACUUCAGUGCUGAUUGUUCUGGCGUAAACUUUCAGGGUAAUGACUGAGUGCCUAAUGUGAUUUUUGAGCGGGGCAGGGAGAAGCAUUGAUUUUAUUUGGAAUAGAUGAGAUUACAUCUUAAAAGACAUCACUUUUAAUCAUACUGGUCUGUUAUUUGAACUCUUGUCAGGUGCCAAUAUGUAAACUCGUCCCUAGGCUAUCUAAUGGGCUUUCCUACUGUUUUGGCACAUUUUGGUUGGCAGAUAUUUUUAGUUUAAAAGAAAAAAUCAUUGUUCUGGUGAUUGAGAAGCUGACUUUGUUUAAAAUGAAAAAAAUAAAUCACACAUGCAUAAGUUGGAAGAGCGGGUUUCACUCCAGUGCAUGGACAAUGUUACUGAAGUCAAGAGGCUUGUACUCAGUAAUGAUUUUGGCUUUACAUUUUGGCUUUUUUUUGUUACAUUUUUACAUUUACUAAAGACACAGCUGUAAAACUAUAAUCAUAUUUCCAUCUUAUAAACAUCAGAUUUGAAAUCACCUUUUUGAUGCCUAAAAAGAGCCUUUUGUAAAUGAUAACCUGUGUCUGUUAAUACAGGUCAACCAUUGUCUAUGUGGUGCCGUGUUCAGAGUCUGCUUUUGACAAGCAUAACUGCUUAACAUGAAUCAGAAUGUCAGUCUUCACUGAGUCUGAUUAUGAGGCUUAUGACUUUUAGCUUCCUGAAAUCUGAUCUUGUCUAAUUUCAUUGCAAAAACUGCUGUUAGCUCCUGAUUAUUGUAGGUAUCAGAGAUUUUGCAGGUUUACUACCUUGUGAGACUUUCAGUAUUCUGUAAUUCACUUUGAUUAAGAAUUUGUUUUUAGUAAGCAAUAUAUGUUGCAUCACACACUAAACUUUUCAAAUAUUUCCUUUUAAAAUUUUUGAACUUGUCUGUUUUCCAAAUUGCAUUGCAACACUGAAGAAAAUGAUUUUCAAAAUAGGACAAUAUCAAGUCUGAAUAAGGCCAUUGUACCCCAAACAUUUUCUGUCUGAGCUGUGCACUGCUGGCUAAAAGUCUAGGAGGGUUAUAUGCCCGAUUUGUUAUAAGCCCUAGCCCAGUUAAGCCUAGAGCCUUUCCACUAGAAGGAUCAAGUAACCAUAUUAUUGUUAAUUUACUGAGCACCAUUCUGUGGCAUAAGUGGUGAGCUCAUAUACAGCAAAAUCUUGUAAUAAAUACAAAUGCUACAAAACAGUAAACAAUUAGACAAUCACACCAUUGUAAGUUAAAAAAAAAUUACAAAAACUUGGAUGAGAAACAUAUGUAUGGUAAAAUAAAAAUAAAGACAAUCAUGCCAAAAUAUACAAAGUUAGUGAAGUACCACAGAUAUUGAAAAUAUUACGAAUAACAACAGACAUCACCAAAACAAAAGUGAGAAUGCUAAGAUGAGAAUUUAAAAACAAGGAGAAUAUGUCUAUUUUUUUCUGGGUUGAUAUGGAUGAAGCCUCAUGGUUUGAAACUAGGAGAAGCCAUAGCACAGGGAGCCACAGGGUUGAAUGAGCCUCGUUGAGAGUGGAGAGAACCUUAACUUUAGAUUAGCUUUAGGUCUCACAUCCAAGGGUCAGAUAUGGCGAUAGAGCACAGGAGAUCAGCAGUGCAGGCCAGUGAGUGGAGCUGCUGUACUUAAAGUGCUUUCUAGUUCAGUAGCAAGUAGCAGAAAAUCCUUGCAUUUUUAGUUUAGAGCACUAGCUAUUACAGAACACCUUGCCAAAAAAAAAGGCUAAUCCAAGUAACUGAUGAGUGCGUCCUCCACCCACACGCGAGCACUUUAAGAGCCCCGCCUCGCAGUUUGUAAAUAAUAAUUCUGCAAUGCUGUUGUAAAUGGACAUGGUAGAAGGCUGUAGAAAUGGUAGCUGGUAGUUUCAAAGAACGUAGAAAUUGUUUAGGUUUGUACAAAGACAGGCCCUGACUAAAUAUGCAGCACAAUGUAAAUAUUGUAAUAAUAAGAAAAAACUAAAGGAAAUUAUAGCUGAUGAUAUAUUUAAGGUAAAAUAAUAAUGCAAGGUUACUGAAAACUGAGAAAAUAUUAUUGCUGUUAUUAAAAUGCAUGUACUUAUACAAAGGAAUGUUGUGUGUUCUGAUAUUUUAAAUGAAAUGACACUACUUCUGUUUACUAUUUAUAUAUGUUUGCAUGAGUUUGUAAAAGUUUGCAUUCAAGUAAUAACAAUAACACUAAAUGCCACAAGGAAACACUAACAAUAAUGAUGUUAUGUUGUAUAUGCACUUUUUUUUUUUAAAGCUUUAUUUCUUUGGGGGUGGGGGGUUUCCUUUCUCAGUACCAAUGCCUUUGUUUCAGUUGCUACUAGUAAUAUGUUUAAUAAUAAAAAAAUAUUCAGCAUUGCCUGCGUUUUAAUAUUGCUUACAGAAGACCUAUUUUAUGAUGGAAUUCUACACUAUUCACUGUGAAUCAGUGACACGGAUUGUGGCAGUUGGUGUUGGUAUCUCUGCAGUAUGAGACAGUCUGACUUGAGGGGGAGUUUUGACAUGUGAU